AUGUAUCUACACGUGGUGUCGGUGGAGCACUCCGUAGCAAAACCCGAUCCCGCGCUCGGCGAUGCGCAGAUGAGUCCGUUGUUUCACCGUGUGUCCGCCUGGUGCCCGCUGCUACAUUUAUUCGGCUACGUCUACACAAGGAGGGAGGGCGGCAAUGGGCUGGACGAGGCCAACGCGACUGUGGGGGGUGUAAGGGGAUCUGACGCCCUUCAACAGCGCAGCAUCUGCGCACACAUCCACGGUGUGUAUCCAUACUUUAUGGUGUUGCGCCACGACCCGAGCGUCUCUGCGAUGCAGUUCGGCGCCCAGCUAGAGGCGGUGGCGAUACGCGUCCUGAAGCCCUCUCCAUCGACAGCACCGCCGCUGCAGCUGCAGCUGCUGCAUCACGUGGAGGUGGUGCGACGGCUACCCUUUUACGGCUACCAUGCGAAGCACAAGACAUUUUUCAAGGUCAGUGUGAUUGACCCCGAAGUGGUGAGCAGGCUUGUACAGCUGCUCAGCCAGACGACGGAGGUGGGAGGACGGCGGUGGCAGACAUACGAGGCACACACACCCUACCACUUCCAGUUUAUGGUGGAUUACGGGAUGAAGGGAAUGGCUCCGUUUUGCAUCCCCGCCUGCACGGCACGCUCGCCUGUGCCAACAGAGGUGCAACCUACGCAGGCUCAGGCAAAUCUGCACAUUACUGCGGUGAUGCCACAAGGAGAGCCCUUGCGUCUCACACGUGCUGAAUUGGAGGUUGACGUGAAGGCGCCUGUAUUGCAGCGGCAGGAGUGUCCUGUGGAGUCGGGGGAAAACCUUUUCUCUGUGCGGCGCAGCGUGCGACAAUACUUUGCCGAACACGGCGUGGACGACGCUCUGCGAUGCGGGGCGGGGUCUGACAUGGCAGAUCGCACCUGCACAGUGUGUGAUGUGCAGAGUAGUGACUCCGCCGUGUCGGUGAUGCGCCAACGGGCACUGACGCACCUGCGUGCCAGGGCUGACGCGGUUGUGGCGGAAACUUCAUCCCACAUUUCAUCAACGCCGCGGGAUGAUGUGGAAACUCCUACGAACUUUUCCCUGCACGCCGGUAAAUUGAGCGACCAACUUACGUUGCGGCUCAUGGAGGAGAUGCAUGAGGACAAUGCGAAAACGACACGUUUUGCUUUGUCGUUUUCAAGCUCCUCGUCUUCUUCCUCCUCCUCUUUGCUUUCAGUGCCGUCCAUUGAGGAGGCAAUUGGGGAGGCGGGGGAGCGUUCAUUGCCCUCCAGCGAGGGGGGCGCUUGUCUGCAAGAAGCUCCUGCAAAUACUGAUACCUCACUCGUUAUUGGGGAUUCCAUUGUCCUGUGCGGCGUGUCAGUCGACGGCAUCAUCCCACAGACGCCAUCGGUAGCCAAAAUAACUGCGAUGGACACUCAGACUGUGCGGCUGCGGUGGUACAUGACGCUACGCGAGACGCACCUCGCCGACACGCAGGAGGAGCUUGAAAGGAGUGGGCGGUGGCUGGCGCGGCGGGUGCCUGAUGCCAGCGGCGUCGCGGCUGCGUUGGAGGAGGAGCUGCUACUGGGAGAUGUGGAGGAUGAAAACCCCAUUGCGGUCUUAAGGCAGGCCGUGCGGGUUGCGGUGUGCCACGCGUAUUGUGCCCCCACUACCCCCGCGCUGCUGUGCCGUUACAACUAUCACGUCUCGGAGCAGCGCCUUUCGGCGAUUGCACCGACACGGAGCGAGGAGUUUGUAGCUCUCCCAGCCGCACUCGCCACGCCCACAUCCGGCGCGGCGGGGGUGUCAGGUGCCGUGGAUGAGGAUGAGGAGCUCUUGACAUCCUCCUCCUCCUCCUCCUCUUUCUCGUCGUCGUCGUUGUUUUCUUCACCGUCGUCGUGUGUUGUUGUGGCGGAGAGGCGUGACGUGACGCCGCUCUUCUUCUCACGUCCGUCGACGCACGACGAUGGAGACCACAUACAGACGCCUGUGCGACGAUCCGUACCCAGCGUUAUGCAGCAGGCGUCCCAGUCGCAGUUGGCGUUGAUGCUCAGCUGCAUCGGCUCCUCUCCGUCUGCGGCAGCCGUCGUUUACUCUGUGGCCUCGCAGCCGGAUGCGUCUGAUGCAGGCGCCAAGGAGGAGCUGUCGUCCUCCCUGUCUCUCGAGUGUGUCAACCCUAGUCAUGCUGCCUUCCUGCAGGGGUGGAGAGAAACGACCUCCCGCUUGCAUCCGUGUCAUUUCAUGGGUGACAUCUCUCGAAAUUUUCGCUGGACAUACGACCGGCAUCGUCGUGUUGUUGUGUCAGCCGCCAGCUGGCCUCUUGCCACACCUGUCAGUACUGCUAGUAGUUGUCCUGCUUUUGCUGCGGUGUCAACACGGAGAGGAAUGCCCACCUCAACAAUGGGAAUGAUCCAGGCACGGCCUUCUGUGCCGCUGCCUUCGCAUGUGGCACCAUCGCCGUGGACGUCACCCAGUCAUCAACAUGCGUCGGCCUCCAAAGCCAAGUGGCAGCCGUACCCAUCAUCCAACGUCUCAAGUUCGCCGGGCAGGAACACAUAUGUUACCUGCGAACUUCGUGUUAUGUAUGUGGAGGUGCUCGUGCACCGCCAAUCUGGUAAUCAGAACGUGGUACAAGAGGAAUUACUGGCCGUGGCACUUGGACGCACGAGUUCUUUUGCAGAGUCCAUUGGUGUGCGGCUUUUUUGUGUGUGCCCAUCGACAAUGACCAUCCGUCGGUUACAACAACCUUUUAGUGGCGUCGUUGACGUGGUUCCACUUCCCUCGGAGUUGCAUCUGCUGCAGCGCGUGCGGCGGGAGGUUUGCUCCUACGACCCCGACGUUCUUCUUUCAUGGGAGGGAUGUAAGUACGGUGUUGGUUUGUUGGCGCUCCGCUACCGUAUUGUGCUACAGCGUUCUCUUGCGCGGGACGUCGCUAGGCUCUCCAUCCAUGACAUGAGCGAUGACGCAAGCGAGGAGGAAGAUGAAGCGUUGUUGUUGCUGUCUUCGUCGUCACUGUCAGCGGGAGACGAGGACGUCGCCGUGCCGGAGACUGCCGGGGCAUCAUCGGCCGCUGCAGUUCCACAGCCUGGCGCAGGCGGCAUGGUAAAGCGUCUCUCAAGGCGGUUUGGUGGUGGUGUUCGGGUCCCGGGCCGCGUUGUGGUUGACCUCGGUAAGCAGCUGUGCAAGGAACUGCGGCUUCCCUCACACACCUUACAAAUGGUGCACCAAAAGCUCUUUCGCCGUAGUCUGCCGUACUUUACGGACAUUGCCCUGGCAGAAAUGUACACCAGCAGUAGUGAUGACAUGCGGCGUGUGGCACUUACUGUUCUUUUGACACGUGUUGUGACGCCGCACCGUGUUGCGCAGCAUCUCAACUUCUACACGCGCACCGCGGAGUUCGCGCGGAUGUACGGCAUCCUCUUUUAUGAGGUGCUCAGUCGUGGGAGUCAGUACCGUGUCGAGGCGACGCUGCACCGCAUGGCGCGGCCCAUCGGCUACACAAUGCUAUCACCAUCGCCUGAGGAAGUGCACCGGCAACCGCGCCUUGUGAGCAUGCCGCUGAUUAUGCAACCACGCAGUGGCUUCUAUAAGGACGACCCCGUUGUUGUGCUGGACUUCCGAAGCCUGUAUCCUAGCAUUAUCAUUGCGUACAACCUCUGCUACUCGACCUGCCUUGGAAGGGUGUCAAGAUGCCGUCACAGCCGCUUGGGGGUGCUGGCAUCGUACAAGCAAGCUGACUCUGUCCUCCUGCAGCUUCUCGCGGAGGAUGAUGCGUGCCCCACAUCACGCAGAGUGAUAUUUGCGCCAAAUGGCUGCAUGUUUUUGUCCCCCAGAGAUACGCAAAGGGGUGCUCCCGCAAAUGCUGCAAGCUCUGCUCGACACACGGUUUCAAGUACUGGCGGCUUUGAAGCAUGUGGCACAGCCGUGCGAGGACAAGUACAUGCAACGCGUCCUCCAACAGCAGCAGACAGCCAUUAA